AUGGCGCUGCACGCAAUACGGAAGGCGCGUGGGUGCUGGCCCUUCAUCCGGGCACUUCACCGAGGACCCGAAGCGGCUCCCGCUCCCCAGAAAGACGCUGGGACGCGCGUGUUCUCCGGCAUCCAGCCCACGGGGAUCCCUCACCUGGGCAAUUACCUGGGCGCCAUCGAGAGCUGGGUGAGGUUACAGGAGGAGCACCGCUCUGUGCUGUACAGCAUCGUCGACUUACACUCCAUCACCGUCCCCCAGGACCCCGCCGUCCUCCGCCAGAGCGUCCUGGACAUGACUGCUGCCCUCCUCGCCUGUGGCAUAGACCCACAGAAGAGCAUCCUCUUCCAGCAGUCACAGGUUUCCGAACACACCCAGCUAAGCUGGAUCCUCACCUGCCUGGUCAGACUGCCGCGAUUACAACAUUUACACCAGUGGAAGGCGAAGACUGCCAAGCAGAAGCAGGAUGGCACCAUGGGCCUGCUCAUGUACCCCGUUCUCCAGGCUGCUGACGUUCUAUUGUACAAGUCCACACACGUUCCUGUCGGGGAGGACCAAGUCCAGCACAUGGAACUGGUUCAGGACCUGGCCCGAGGGUUUAACAAGAAGUAUGGACACUUCUUCCCGGUGCCCACCUCCCUGCUCACCUCGACGAAGAAGGUGAAAUCCCUCCGUGAUCCUUCUGCCAAAAUGUCGAAAUCGGACUCUGACAAACUGGCCACCGUCAAGAUCACCGACAGCCCUGAGGAGAUCGUGGAGAAAUUCCGGAAGGCGGUGACGGACUGCACGUCAGAGGUCACCUACGACCCGGCACGGCGGGCAGGCGUGUCCAACCUGGUGUCCGUCCACGCGGCAGUGACCGGCCUCGCGGUACAGGAGGUGGUGAAGCGCAGCGCCGGGCUGGACACUGCGCGCUACAAGCUGGCCGUGGCGGACGCCGUGAUUGCAAAAUUUGCACCAAUUAAGAGCGAAAUUGAAAAACUGAAGAUGGACAGGGACUACUUAGAGAAAGUCCUCCAGGCCGGGUCAGCGAAAGCCCAAGAACUGGCAUAUCCCGUGUGCCAGGAGGUGAAGAAAUUGGUGGGGUUUCUGUAGGAAGUUUCAAGGGAUCCCGAAAAGGCUCUUACGUUUGGUGACUUGUCGGGGCAGGACAAAGGCAUCAUUUCCCCCGAGCAGACCAGCCAGGUUGGGCACAUUUAUCUGGUGAGGGUUGUGUGGGAUGAAUGUUUUGUCCCUUUCAAACGGACAUCAAUAAAAUGCUGUCACCCCAAA